AUGAUUCCAUUAUUUCUAACUUCAUCGUCGCAAGCUAUCUUUGAAUGCAAAGUCGAUGAAGAAGUAACAGUCGAAAACCCAAAUAAGUUCAUCUCCAAAGAGAAGAUAUUGGAAGAUAUGAAAAAUCGUUUAGCUAUUUCUGAUUUUCAUCUUGUAAAAGAUACUAUUGAGGAAUAUGAAGGAGAAGAAGUAUUAAUAGUAUACGAUCCAGAUUUCAAAUAUGGACAGAAUUUUUUCCUUUGUAAAACCGAAGAAGCUAAAGAAAAUUUUCUCAAUGCUGCAAACAACGAAUUGGAAAAUGAUGCCGAGGAGGCAACCCCUUACGAACCUCGUAGACUGCGAACGCCUCGCCCGUGGUCAAGCUAUGGUAGCGAAUUAGAGAUCGAAGAAGGGAAUAUUUGCCAAAGUCGGACCAGGAAAAACUUCUGCCUAUCCCGUGCACGCGCAAAUUUUGGAAGUCCUCUUAAUUUCACAGAUCGUAACGUUACUGACGUUAAAGAUGGCUAUAUUGAAUGCUUACCUUAUGACGAUAAGACCCAUAAGGUCAAAAAACUAGAACAUGAUGCCGGUAUACAGGCUGUGCCAAUUGUCGACGACAGCUACAGUCAAACUAUAUGGCCAAAGCCGAGAAAUGCCAAUACUCAAUAUGUACCUCGGGAAUUAGCUCCAGAUGAAAUUGAAGACAUUCUAGAUUCAGCAAAAUUUAAAAAAACAAUUGUAGAAGCUAUGCCAAGGCUCGAACUCGCACUACAGCAAAAUCAAAUUAUGAAUAUCUUCUAUGAUGAUUAUGCUGCUUUAACAUCAUCUGAUGGUACUAUCGUUAGUCAAAGCAACACAAAUUUUAAGGAAUUUCAAUCCUUUACCGACUUACAAUUUAGUAAAGAUAAACAUAUUACCUGCAUUGAUUGGCAUCCUACUAUAAAAGGUAGUAUUGUUGCUGUUUCCUGCGCUGAAAAAUUAUCAUAUUACGAACGGAUUGAGCAAUUUUCACGCUGUUUAAUGACAUCAUCAUUGAUAUUAAUAUGGAGUUUUGCAGAUCCUAUUCACCCUCAGUUAAUGCUGGAAGCACCAGAUGAUAUAUUUUGCUUCAAAUUUAAUCCGAGUGAUCCAAAUCUUGUUGCUGGUGGUUGUAUUAACGGCCAGGUGGUAAUAUGGGAUAUUACUGCGCACUCUGAUCGAUUGCAGCGUCGUGGAUAUCGUGGUAAAGCCAAUGCUAAGAAAAACAGGAAUACCAUGAAUUAUUUGCCUGGAUUUGAUGAUCAAGAACAAUCGGAACAUGCUCCUAUCAUCAAAUAUUGUGCAGUUUCUUCGAUCGAAGCUAGUCAUCGAGCAGCAAUUACUGAUUUGCAGUGGAUACCUGAGCAAAUUGAAAUCGGUCGUCAAGGUAUCGUUAUCGAGAAUAAAUCACAACAAUGCAACCAACUAAUUACAUGCUCACCUGACAACUCUGUCUUGUUCUGGGAUACAAGAUCAAAUAAACCGACAGCCAAAGACAAGGAAGAUAUAUCACUGACCGCGGUUACGAUGCGAUUUAAAUACCUUGAUUUAAAUUGGAAACCUAUAUUGAAGGUGUCAUUAGCAAAAUCGGAAUCCAUGAAUGAACUGGGGCCUACUUGCUUUAGUAUUUCCUCUCGACAUCUUCGAAAGAGUAACCCGCAGCGAUUAGUCUCAGAGUAUAGCAGUGCAUCAUUUCAUUCACCUUCUCCGACAGCCACAAGCCGUGUAAGACCUCUAACAUUGGAUGGCGUUAACAGCAAAUUCUUUAUUGGUACCGAAGAUGGACGAUUAGUUUAUAUCGAUUGGAAGAUGGAUAAAGAUCCUGAUACGGGAAAAUUAACUACUGCUAAGCCGGAUUAUUACCUUAAUGCACAUGAUAGCUACAUUAAUGUUGUUCAGCAAUCGCCAUUCUUCGAUGGUAUAUAUCUUUCCGUUGGACCAUGGCAUUUUGCCAUUUGGAAGGAAGGAAUUACGACUGGACCAUUGCUCAUUUCAUCAUCCUCGACGAAACGACUUACUUAUGGCCACUGGAGCCCUACGCGUCCAAGUGUUAUUUUUAUUGGUAAAGUUGAUGGAAUGAUUGAUGUUUGGGAUUUAUUGGAUAGAUCGCAUGAGCCUUCACUAGUUCAAGAUAUUUCGUCGGCAUCAAUCACCUACAUCUACGCACAUCAAUUAUCUUCUCGGCAGCAACUUUUAGCAGCGGGCGAUAAAGAAGGAACCCUCAGAAUUAUGGAAGUACCAUGGAAUCUCCAUCAUCCAUCCAGUAAUGAGCGACUAACUAUGGAAAAUUUCCUGGAUCGUGAAAUAAAGAGAUUAGAAUAUUCGCUUGAUAGACAGGGAAUUUUACUGGAAGAAAAACGCCAGCGUGAAUCUGAAAAAUCCAAAACAAUAACGGUAAAAUUCCAUAUUAAAUUUCAUAUAACAAGUGAUAUGACUAAAAGUUAA